AUGACGUUUCUUCUCUUACGCCAAAAUAUUUACGUUUCAGAUUUUUGGAGAGCAAAGGUAUAUGCUUCUGGAAACACAGAGGAAAUAGAUUUCACGUAUCUUAUUAUAGGAGUUACUCUGGGAGCCUUUCUAGCAAUUGCUUUUAUAGCAGUAAUAAUUUGCAUGAUCAAAAAACAAAUGCUUGACCAUGUCUUCAGAGAGUCAGAGGGCAAAAUGGAUAGAAGGUCAAACAUGGGAUCAAGCCAGAACAGAGAUGACACCAACACACCAGAACAGCAAAGUACAAAUAAGCAAUAAUCCUUUUCCUAUUGACAGUUACCCGGUCUGAGAAUCAAUGGAUAUCUCUUGCCCAUGAACAGGAAUCUCACUAGUAGUAAUUCCUUUCCUUGUUCUUUAAUUGAAAGACCAAUUGAUUGAUUGGUUACAGGAAGAGCUUACAGUGCAUGCUAACUCCCAUCACCUGCAUCACAAAGCCCAUAAUCCCCAACAGCAUGCACAAGAAGGAAAUGUAGGAGGAAAAUAAGCAAGAUGAACUCUGCUCAUUAACAGAUCCUGUUUAGUCUGUGACAAGUGUAUGACUGAUUUCUAAAAUCAAUUAAAUUCAGGGUAAACGAAAAGCUAGCAAUACAUUUCAUCUGCAGAAUUCACAAUUGUGCUCAUAUUUCAAAUGAGGUUGAAUUAUCUUAAAAGUCAUUCAUUUGAGGUUGAAGGAAGAUGGGAAAAAUGAUUUGUGUUAAUUUGAAAACAUUUCAUUCACAUCAACUAAAGUUAUAUUUUUUAACUUUAGGAUCAGUAUCUUUUGUUUAACUUUAGAUUAUAAUGUUAAUUACAGCUAUUUUAAAUGAAUUGUGGUCAAUUACAAACAAGUGUUUUUCAUGUUUUGAUUUUAGAAAAUUGAAAUUAAGAUAUUGUUGUAUACCCUAAACAAAAACUUUCUACGCAUUUGAAAUGAAACGUUCCAUUUCAACUUUCUACAAACAAGCAAAUCUACCACUUCCAAAAUCCACUCAUCUUCAUUUUUUUCAGUAUAAAACAAUGCACCAAAUUCACUCUGAAUUCAUGAAUAGUUUCAGUCUCCCACCCCCUUCAUUCUUGUUCUAGCCUUGUAUAUUCUGUUCAAUUUGUUUCCAUCAGCUCUGCGUUACCUGAUUCUAGGUACAGGCUUCUUACAAAUGACAAGAAGAAAGAAGAACAACUGUUAGACUCAACUCCAGCUUGGAAAAUCCAUAUCUUAUUAAAAAGCACGACUUGAAAAACUCAUGGAUACCAGGUGCCUCCCAACCCAGUAAUUAACCUCCAGACUGUGAACAGCCACAGUCAGCCCUGCAUUAUAGGCAGAGCUGAUAUCCCCUGAGUCAGGGGCUUAGAAUCAAAACUGUCAGAGCAGAAAUACCAAAAUUAUGUUUCUAUGAGGAAGAUACUGUACUAAAUACUAAUAGAAACUGAAAUGAUUUGGGUGUAUUUUUGUUCUGACCAUAGUAAGUCAGGUAAUGUUUCCAAAUGUACAAAGGAAAAAUCCUAUUGCUUGGAUUAUGAUUUUUUUGCAUGUUUUGAACAAGAAAAUAUAAGUUGUAUUCCAGAGAAAAGUGAUAUAUUGGAAUAAUUUCCCUGAGCUGCCUAGGUGUCUGUUACCCACUUCAGUUCCAGUGUAGUUCAUUAGUAGCAUUUGCUAAUGGAUGAACUAAAUGUGAUACUUGCUAGUAAUUGUGUGCAUGUACUUGUGUAAGGGAAUAAACUAUCUUGUAAGAUA